CAUCGUGUAAAACGGGCUUUACGUGUGACAGUGCUCUCGCGUCAACAGCGCGAAUGUAGCGUGCCGGGGGAGGAUUCGUCUUUGUCUCCGCCGACGAGUAUCCUCGUCCACGGACGUGUUCGCAGGGGGACGAUGUCCCGCGCAGCCGCGGUGAGUCACGCGCCCCACGGAGAUGUUUAUUUUGCCCGGUUCGUCGGCCGUUGAGCCCGCGGCGUCGAGAGGUUAACGCGACGCCGUAGUCGUUAUCUUCCGAUCGCGGGUCUGACCCUUACCGCGGUCGUCGUCGACCGUUGCCGCGGCGAUCGUCGUCCCUUUUCGCGGCGCAUUCGUGCCCUCGAACGAGAGAAACCGGCCCCCGAGGAUCAUCGAUCCGAACGUCGUCCACCGAGCAACGUUUUUGAGGUUACGUUCCCGUCGGAGUAAAUCGUCCCGACAGUUUCGCGGUGGCGAGGCACGAGGAUACCGUAAGAUGGCCGGCAACAGCGAGCUCUGGGUGCAGUGCUUCACGUGCUGCCUGACGGCGCGAUCGACGCGGAACGGCGGCAGGCGGAGCACCAACGGCGGCAGGCCGCAUCAGAGGCACAGGAUAGACCGAAGCAUGAUCGGAGCGCCCACGAACUUCAGGCACACCGCGCACAUCAGCAGCGGCGACAUCGACAUGUCGAUCGCCCAGUUGGCCGACCUCCAGGCGCAGAUGCAGAGAAAGGGUGGAUACGACGGCGAUUUCGGUGCCAAGGCGUGCUGAGGACAGCUUUACGAGCAUCACGGGCACAGCGGAAUAUCCUGUGACCGGUAUUUAACGUGACAGACAGAGUGAGAAUUUAAAGCACAACGGCGACAACGACCGAGCCUUUUUGAUAUUCAAGUUCCUUACUCGUCACAUGGACGGGCGCAUUUCUUCCUCGUGCAUGAUUGUAUUUGUAUCCUGAUUGACUUGAGAGACAAAUCUGCAUAUAUGCACGCGUAUACAAAAUAAAUUUCAAGCUUCCAUUGAACGAGAAACUGCCAGAAGUAACUAUACGUAUUACAUGACUAUUUGUGGACAAUUAUUUAAGUAGAAUUGUUUAAGAAUUUGCUUCGAUGCUUCCAUGCUGUGUUGCGUUUAAAACUUUGGAAUAUUUUGAGGAGAUCGUACCUUCGUCAGUAACCUGACGCGUUCCGCGCGGAGGAAGUUCGUGUCCAAGAGACGUAACAAUGGAUAACUUUUAUUCGCAUUUGAUUACUCCUAAGAUUUAGGAAAAAUAUACGACAUAAAUAUAUGUAACUAACGCAUAAGCAA